AUGCCAACGUCUGUCCUGACGUUCUUCCUGGCUCCGUACUUCCCAGACAUCGUGGACAAAGGCCAGUCUUGUUUCCUUGAUGUGGUCAGCAUCAACCAAGUUGACCCAGAGAUGAUGCGCCAGGGAAUCUAUGGGCUGGGUGGCUUCCUAAGCGCGUCCAAGGAGCUGAGGAUCCUCUACUCCGCGCCCUACCUCACCAGGCUGUGGUGUGUGUUCGAAUUGGCCGCUUUUCGAACGGCUAACCCGUGCGGCAGGAUCCGGUUCGCCCCUUUGUUUGUGGAGAUCGGGGGUGCUUUUCUCUGGCUCGGUGGUACAGCGGCGAUUGUCGUCUACUUCAAGGUGAUGAUUGCCACAGGAUUGGAGAGCCUCGUUACUCUACUCUUUGCGACGAUCCCUGUCUUCGUUGUCUUCCACAUGCUGCGGAAGAACCUGUCUCAGAAGCGCCAGGUGUUCCAUGAUUUGGCGGCCUUUGAGCUCUCGGCCGCGGGAUGUCGCGGGGCCGCCGACAAGGAGUUCAUCUACGCCGCCAUCGAGAACUGGUACGGAAGCCUAGAUGCCUUCACGGCCUAUGUUCGCGGCCCCCUGCGUGACGAAUUGCUGGCAAACCACCUGGGCACCAGCCUUCCGUGGAACUACGCAUUGCUGAUCGCGACCCCAUGGAUAACGCUAGGAAUGGACGCUUUGGCAGCACAGGUGCGAGCUGGGGCUCCCAUUCACAACUUGGUGUCCUACGGUUGCGGCUCCAGCCUCGGUCUCUUUGGUUUCUGGUGGAUCGUCGUCGUGCAGUUUGCCAUGCUUCUAGCCGGGCGAUUCCCGAUGCCCAAAAACAGCCUGUGGGGACUGGUGCAGUCUUUGGCGCUCUACUUGCUGUGCAUUGCAUUUAUCUUCUCCGGAAUCUUCAUAGGAAAGUGGGCGUACAAUAACAGUGUUGCAGCGUCACUUACGUGGUGUGCUGCAUCUGGCAUGCUGGCUUGUCUAGCCAGCGGUGGGUUGAAGGUCUCUCAGCCGGCCUUUCGCCAUCGUUGA